GUGCGCUGGGCGCGGCGUCCCCUGCCUCGUCCUCCUGCUGCUGCCGCCUCCGCCGCGGCCCCGGCUUCCUGCAGCAGGGACCCUGAGCCCCGGCUAGCUAGUGUCAGCCGCCGCGUACGCACCGCACUCACACACACACACACACACACACACACACACACACACGGCACACACACCCUCAGCCACACGCGCUUCCCACCCCGGCCGGCAGCUUCUCGGUCCGAGGCUCCUUUGUUGCUCCGGCUGCGGCCGCUCUCCCGUGUUGUGUGUCCCCGGGUGUCACAGUGCGUGUUGUGUGUCUGUGCAGCGCGGCGCUGUGUGGCUCUCUCCGCGCCCACCACGCUGACACCGGGGCUUCGGCUCACCCUUCCCAGGCUGCGGCUGCACCAGAGUCCUGUUUCAGGCUUCCUGGAACCCAUGACCCAUGAAGUUUUGUCAACAUUCACACCAUCUGAGGGUAGCAGCAAAGGAGUAGAAGAAGUAGUGGUGCAGGGGACUGCAACAGCUCUGUGAGUGACCCGGUGGCCUAUGGAACGUUGCCUUGGGAUCCUCUGACACAUCAUGCUGCAUGGGAGGAUGACAACGCAGAAAGGAAAAAGGCAGGAGGUCACCMUCACCUGGCUCAUCUUGGCCACAGUGGGCUGCCUUGCUGACUUGAACGAGGUCCCUCGGGUCACUGUCCAGCCUGUGUCCACUGUCCAGAAGCUGGGAGGAACUGUGAUCCUGGGCUGUGUGGUGGAACCCCCGUGGGUGAACGUAACAUGGCGCCUGAACGGGAAGGAGCUGAAUGGCUCAGAUGAUGCUCUGGGAGUCCUCCUCACCCGAGGGACCCUGGUCAUCACUGCCCUCAACAACCACACCGUGGGACGCUACCAGUGUGUGGCCCGGAUGCCUGCAGGAGCUGUGGCCAGUGUGCCAGCCACGGUGACACUAGCCAAUCUCCAGGACUUCAAGUUAGAUGUGCAGCAUGUGAUUGAAGUGGACGAGGGGAACACCGCAGUCAUUGCCUGCCACCUGCCUGAGAGCCACCCAAAAGCCCAGGUCCGGUACAGUGUCAAGCAAGAGUGGCUAGAGGCCUCCAGAGACAACUACCUGAUCAUGCCAUCAGGGAACCUCCAGAUUGUCAACGCCAGCCAGGAGGACGAGGGCAUGUACAAGUGCGCUGCCUACAACCCCGUGACCCAGGAAGUGAAAACCUCUGGCUCCAGCGACAGGCUGCGUGUGCGCCGCUCCACUGCUGAGGCUGCCCGCAUUAUCUACCCCCUGGAGGCCCAGACUGUCAUUGUCACUAAAGGCCAGAGCCUCAUCCUGGAGUGUGUGGCUAGCGGGAUCCCACCCCCUCGAGUCACCUGGGCCAAGGAYGGGUCCAGUGUCGCUGGUUACAACAAGACGCGCUUCCUGCUGGGCAACCUGCUCAUCGACACCACCAGUGAGGAGGACUCGGGCACCUACCGCUGCAUGGCCAGCAAUGGGGUGGGGGAGCCGGGCACAGCCGUCAUUCUCUACAACGUCCAGGUAUUUGAACCACCUGAGGUCACUGUGGAGCUGUCCCAGCUGGUCAUCCCAUGGGGCCAGAGUGCUAAGCUCACCUGUGAGGUGCGCGGGAAUCCCCCGCCCUCCGUGCUGUGGCUGAGGAACGCCGUCCCCCUCACCUCCAGCCAGCGCCUCCGGUUGUCCCGCAAGGCCCUGCGUGUGGUCAGCGUGGGGCCUGAGGACGAAGGUGUCUACCAGUGCAUGGCUGAGAAUGAAGUUGGGAGUGCCCAUGCCGUGGUCCAGCUGAGGACCUCCAGGCCAGGCACGACCCUGAGACCCUGGAAGGAUGAUAAACCAGCCACUGCCACACCCCCUGCACUACCCUCCAGACCUGGCAGCCCUGACCAGAUGCUGAGGGGACUACCGGGUCUCCUCAAACCCCCAACAUCAGUGCAGCCUGCUUCUCUGCAGUGCCCAGGAGAGAAGGGGUCAGUGGUUCCUGCCGAGGCCCCCAUCAUCCUGAGCUCGCCCCGGACCUCCAAGACAGACUCAUACGAGCUGGUGUGGCGGCCUCGGCACGAGGGCAGCAGCCGGGCACCCAUCCUCUACUAUGUGGUGAAACACCGCAAGCAGGUCACCAACUCCUCUGAUGACUGGACCAUCGCUGGCAUUCCAGCCAGCCAGCACCGCCUGACCCUCACCAGGCUCGACCCAGGGAGCUUGUACGAAGUGGAGAUGGCAGCUUACAACUGUGCUGGCGAGGGCCAGACGGCAAUGGUCACCUUCCGAACUGGGCGGCGUCCCAAACCUGAGAUCAUAGCCAGUAAGGAGCAACAGAUCCAGAGAGAUGACCCUGGAGCCGGCCCCCAGAGCAGCAGCCAGCCAGAUCAUGGCCGCCUUUCCCCCCCAGAAGCUCCAGACAGGCCCACUAUCUCCAUGGCCUCUGAGACCUCCGUGUAUGUGACCUGGAUUCCCCGUGGGAAUGGUGGCUUCCCGAUCCAGUCCUUCCGUGUGGAGUACAAGAAGCUAAAGAAAGUGGGAGACUGGAUCCUGGCCACUAAUGCCAUCCCUCCCUCACGGCUCUCGGUGGAAAUCACAGGCCUAGAGAAAGGCACCUCUUACAAGUUCCGAGUCCGAGCUCUGAACAUGCUGGGGGAGAGCGAGCCCAGUGCCCCCUCCCGGCCCUACAUGGUGUCAGGCUAUGGUGGCCGCGUGUAUGAGAGGCCAGUGGCAGGUCCUUACAUCACCUUCACGGACGCUGUCAAUGAGACCACCAUCAUGCUCAAGUGGAUGUAUAUCCCAGCAAGUAACAACAACACCCCAAUCCAUGGCUUUUAUAUCUACUAUCGACCCACAGACAGUGACAAUGACAGUGACUACAAGAAGGACAUGGUGGAAGGGGAUAGGUACUGGCACUCUAUCAGCCACCUGCAGCCAGAGACCUCCUACGACAUUAAGAUGCAGUGCUUCAAUGAAGGCGGAGAGAGUGAGUUCAGCAACGUGAUGAUCUGUGAGACCAAAGCUCGGAAGUCCUCGGGUCUGCCUGGUAGACUCCCACCCCCAACUCUGGCUGCACCUCAGCCACCACCUCUGGAAACCAUCGAGCGGCCAGUGGGCACCGGGGCUAUGGUGGCACGGGCCAGCGAUCUGCCCUAUCUGAUUGUCGGGGUCGUCCUGGGCUCCAUCGUCCUCAUCAUUGUCACCUUCAUCCCCUUCUGUCUGUGGAGAGCCUGGUCUAAGCAAAAACACACAACAGACCUGGGUUUUCCUCGAAGUGCCCUUCUGUCCUCCUCCUGCCAGUACACUAUGGUGCCAUUGGGAGGACUCUCUGGCCACCGAGUCAGUGGACAGCCGUACCUAGGUGGCAUCAGUGGACGGGCCUGCACCAAUGGGACACAUGUGAAUCGGGGCUGCCCUGCAGCUGCAGUGGGCUACCCAGGCAUGAAACCUCAGCAGCACUGCCCAGGGGAGCUUCAGCAGCAGGAUGACACCAACAGCCUGCUGAGGCAGACCCUUCUUGGCAAUGGAUAUGACCCCCAGAGCCACCAGAUUACCAGGGGUCCCAAGUCUAGCCCAGAUGAGGGCUCUUUCCUGUACACACUGCCUGAUGACUCCACCCACCAGCUGCUCCAGCCCCAAGACUGCUGCCACCUCCCAAAGCAGCCUGCCACUGCGGGCCAGGCAGGAAUGAGGAGAGCCCCCGAGAGUCCUGGCCUGGAAGCCGCGUGGGACCCUCCAUUUCACUCAGGGACCCCGUGCUGCUUGGGCCUUGUGCCAGUUGAAGAGGUGGACAGUCCUGACUCCUGCCAAGUGGGUGGAGGAGACUGGUGCCCCCAGCACCCUUCGGGAGCCUACACAGGACGGGAACCUGGGAUGCAGCUCUCCCCUGGCCCAUCGGUGCAUGUGUCUUUUGAAACGYCACCUCCUACAGUUUAGGCAGAAGCCAAUAUCCCAGACAGACUAUAUAUUGUUUGUUUUUUAAAAGAGACAGAGAAAAUUGGUAUUUAUUUUUCUAUUAUAGCCAUAUUUAUAUAUUUAUGCACUUGUAAAUAAAUGUAUAUGUGUUUUUAUAAUUCUGGAGAGACGAAAUCCUCCCCCAUUGAGGUGUGAGAGGGAUAACAAGCCACAACAUACCAGGUGUCAGCCAGGAGAGAGGAAGGYAGACUGGCCAGGGUACGGACUCCURCAGGACCUGCAGCUGUAGAAGGCAGGGUCCUAGGCACAUUGUUCAUGAACACUAUGAACUAAGGUGCCCUGAGAACAGACUGAGACAUGUACAGCACUAUAAGCAUUAACAAACGUUCCAGAGUCAAUAAUCUGUGGCAACAUAUCUCUGUAAAAACAAACA